AUGCUUAAUUUUAUUCUUGGAAACAAAAAAAAGAUUAAUAAAUUUUCAAUUCUCGAACCUAAUAAUUUUACCUUUAUAAAAAUUUUUCGCAUUUUACUUCCUCCUUCUCUUCCUUUUAACAAUUAUUUUCCUCGUACAUUUUCAAAUUCAAAAGUAUUAUUAUUAUCAAAAAAACAAGUUAAUUCAGAUAUAUCCAAAACUAUUAAAAAUAAAUUAAAUGAUAAAAGAUAUUUGGGUUUGAAUAAAAUAAAAAUUCCUGAAGAAGUUCCUGAAAUAUUGGAAAAAAACAAAAAAUUUUAUCUUGAAAAUUAUAAAAACAAGAUUAAUUAUGAAUUAUUAGAAGAUUUUCCAGAGUGGCUUAAAGGAUUAGGAUUAAAACCAUUGUUUCCAUAUUUUGAAGGCAAAAAAUGGCAAGAUAUAAUUGAAUUAAAAUGGCAAGAUUUAGAAAAGAUGGGAAUACACAAUAAAUUUAUUAGAUUUAGACUUGUCAAGAAUUUCUGGAGAGUUAAAUUAGAUCAGGGGAUUACAUUACCACUUAAAGGAUUAAAAAAAAAUAUCGAUAAUGAAGAAAUUGAAGAAAUUGAAGAAAUUGAAGGAAAUGUAAACAUGAGAAAGAUGCAAAAAGAACUCAUAAAAGUAGAUCUUGGUUUUUUAGAAGAAUAUUGGUUACAUUCAAUUGGAUUAAAAUAUGGAAUAUUUUAUCCAUACUUUCAAAGUAAAAAAUGGUAUGAAAUGAUGGAAUUAUCAAGUAGUGAAAUAUUAUCUUUAGGAAUUGUGCAUAAUGAAAUGAGAAAAAAAAUGUCUAAAGCAUUCAAAAUUUAUAAAUUUGCUGUGCAAUAA